AUGAGUUUUCUCACGUCGCUGAGUGCUGCUGCAGCCAUCGCCUUCACGGUGGCUUCUUCCAAGUGCUACGACCUGAGUUGCUUCAACGACAAAGUGACGUCGAUCAAGUGGCAGGGCUUACCGCAGAAGGGCAGUUUCCACGGCAAGGCCCACAUCGCGUUCUACAAGAACUCUGGCUGCACCGGACACCACGUAGAAUGGACGACCAAGGAAAAGAACUACCCCAUCGACCUCACUCUGGACAAAAUGAACGACGACAUCUCGUUCUUCAUGGUCUGGGUCGACAGCAGCGACAAGAAACACGGGGAAGAGAGUCCCUGCAACUAG